CGUGGCACCCGGAUCAAGGUGAUUCAUCACCACUGCCUCAUCCGGUCAGGCUGCCGGUCACUGACUCGCCGAUGUAAGCGCUUGCCCUGUUCGGUGGGGCAACCACAAUACGAUUAACGCUUGGAAGCGCAUACCUCUUUUCCGUCGAUGCCGUCCGGGUACACUGAUACGCCAAUGUUGGAGCGUGUACCCAGCACCGACGCGACCAGCAGCGGUGUCUCCAAGCCGCAACGCAUCCGCUUCCGUAGCAAGGCGCGCAGUGCCACGGCGUCGUCGCUGUCGACCUCCAUUCCGUUCUCAAGUAGCAGCAACGGCUCAACACUAAAACCAAGAGUUCGCGUGGACGACGACGAGCUGUGCGCCCGUGCGGAGGUGGUGGCCCGCGCGAUGGACUUCCGCGGACUUGCGGGUUCGAACGAGUCCACCUGCAGGUGGAUUCUGAACAAGUCGCACGGCACCUUCACGACGUACGCGCGACGGCCGGCCGCGACCGCCGCACGGGCGGAGAAGACCCGGUUAACUCAGCAAGUGCUGGCAGCUGGAGAGAUCCGAUGCCACUUGCAAGAAGUGGUGAACGUGCUAAACACGACGAACGACGUUGAUCACAACGCCGUCAUGAGCGGACUGUACCGCAAGGAUUUCAUCUACGGAUCCGUCGUACACGUCGUUCCGUCCGAUGUCAUUGAUGACAAGCCGAAACUUGUGGAGCUGCUGCAGGAGGAAGAAUCCGUGACGACGCGCGUGGCGGUGAAGACGGGGGCCUUUGUGCACAGCAAACUGUUCUCACCUAACGAGCAGUGGUGCUUCCUUGAGCGAGCGCAGCACAUCCGCGCGCCGGUUGAAAAUUCCGAACACGCCAACCUCAAUUCCUUCACACUCACAAUGAGUUCACUGGACGAGAAAGAGCUCGAGGCAGGUAAAGUGAGCGCGCACGGUCGCGUGAAGAUGCUACACGACCUGAACGCUGGGUAUCUGGUCGAACAGCUGCCCGGUUCCAGAUACGUUCGCGUGAUUUUCUUCGGGCAAUUCAACGGCGGCCUGGACAAGCCAGGACAGGCUAAGAGCUCUCAAAUGCGAGCUCGACUGAUGCGUCUAGCUGAUGGCGCUAUCCGGUUACCAGAAAUCGUGCGUCGUCGCCGGUUUGGAGCACAGACGAUGGCGGACCAUGCAGCUUUCAGUGCAAAAAACUCGCAUUGCACCUGUUGCACGAAGUCAUUGCACCUACUUACACGUAAACACCGCUGUAAUCUCUGCGGUCACUUUGUGUGUGAUCGCUGCUGGUCGGUUAAGGAGAUGGAAACCCAAGAUACUCAUCGUAUCACACCUGUACGCAUGUGCUCGCGUUGCAUGGAGUUUGUAGAAAACGGAGACUAUUCGGCGGUGAAGCCCAACUCAUUAGGGAAAAUCCAAGUGAAGCGAGACCCCAUCGAUCACCCUCCAUCUAACAAAGCGUUGGCUCGAUUAUUGCAGAAGGAGCUACGUUCGUCAUCCGGCGCCCGAAAGAAUUCUGUGCGUACGGUGAUUCAAUACCUGAUGGAUCAGGAGACUGAAGGCGAACAGGAACGACAAGCCCGAUCGAUUCGUCUCUCGUCUGAUAGCGCUGAUCAAGAAUAUCUGGAUGUUCUAGAUGGAGGUCUGGAAGUUCCUUCAGUUCCUUUGUACAAGUGUAUUUUGGCCAACGCCACAAAGCGGAAUUACCCCAUUACGAUGCCCAAGACUGCGGCGAACGGGUCGGUUCCAGAUGCCCCGUUACCGUUGAACGAGAAGGAGCGGCUUGCUGCUAUUGCUCGUAGUCGGAUUAUGGACCUGGAAGACGCGUCCGAGCUGGAUAUGCUCUGCACUUUGGCCGCCAGCCAAUUGGACUGCAACAUCAGCAUUGUGACUGUAGUCACUGCCGACCAAAUGACAGUCUUGGGGUCGAAUAAGGAGGAUCUGAGACGAGUUACACUUCCACGUGAACACUCGUUCUGUCAACACACUGUGAUGACCUCGAAGCCGUUGCUGGUUCCUCAUCCAGAGGCUGACGUUCGUUUCCAAAACAUCAACGGACGUACCGCAUUCGACGUGAGAUUUUACUGCGGAUUCCCAAUUGUUGACGAGAGCAACACAAUGAUCGGUUCGUUCUGCUGUAUGGACCAGAAGACUCACGAAAUGACUCAGUCGCAGUAUUCGGCAAUGAAGAAAUUGGCUGCUGCUGCGGGACUUGUGGUACGCUCCAAGAAGACUGCCUGUGUCUAAGAGCAUUCAAAUUAUAGAUCGCUAUUGCAGCAUGUGGAAUUGCGCUAGUGUUAACCCCGAGCUCGUAACUUAGUUACAUGCAUUGAAGUAUUAAAAACACAAACGCCUUGCGUAGAUUAAUGGAUCAGCGAUAUCUAACUGUCUGUCAUUGCCAAAUUCAGUUCAUUCUAAUGCUCUG